GCCAUACUUAUAGCACGCUUAGCGGCGUUUGCCCUUAGCGGUGCCCAGUACUUGCCAGAGAGCUACAGGUGUCUUGACCUGGACACCCUCACUCUGCUCCGAGGAUUUUCUCUACUUCUCCAUGUCACGACCGUUCCCAUCAUCGGCCACAGUGCAUCUUCAAAGGCAUCAUGUCGUUCCCGAUGUCGCAAUCCUCGCUCAAGGUGCCAAUUCCACGGGUUCAAUCACGCCGUCACCAGCAGCCGCCGCGCAGAGAUAAUCAGCCUUAUAGAGACAGAGUCCUCAUAGCAUGCCUCAACUGCCGAGAGCGCAAGGUCACGGACGACGUCACGGAUGCCGCAGCUACGUUACGGCUGGUCAAAUCACUGGAUCUGAACGAUACGCACGGAGAAGCCUUGAUAUCUAUUGUAGUCGGCUCAAACGACGAGACUAAUAUCUUGGAUGAGGACAUACUCAAGGAUAAAGAUUCGCAAGCAACUGGAUAUAUUGGCAAGAGCUCUAAGGUGCAAGGGCUACGGCGUCUGCAACAGGAUUCAGAAUGCUGGCAAGGGACACCGUUAACUCUGAGCAGUCCAUAUGGACCUCCUGGAGCUAGUUUCGAAAAUGCAAAGCAACGCAUGGAAGCUUUUAAGGAACGGCAACAACACAAGCCCAUCAUACCAACUAGCACUUCCACGUUCUACUUGGAUGGCAAGGGCGUAGAAGUGGAUUACAACGUUGAUCCGUACGCUUUGCCGACAAUUAAGGUCGCGCAGAGACUGCUUGACUGGUACAUGAGUACUGUUCAAGAUAUGUUUCCGGUACUGGCAAAACAGAUUUUCACAGAUCAAUUUCGCCAUUAUUUUACGUCUGCAACGCAAGGAACGCCUGAUUGUGUGCCGAAGAAGUGGCUGGCGAUAUUGAAUCUUGUAUUCGCCAUUGGAGCAAGGUUUUCAAACUUGACUGAAGCGGACUGGCAGGCGGAUAGCUAA